CGUGCUGUGAGUGCUUGUAUCACGCGCUCAUCUCUAGUUUAAAUUCAUAGAGCUCUAUGGGAAAUAACUUUGAUUUAGUAUUUUAAACAAAACGAUUGUGAAGCAGCAUUCGCAGCAGGCUCACACAUCAACAACAAUAACAAGAACAGCAGCAAGAACAAACGGGGGCCUCAUAAGGAAUACUACACCAUAGAAGGGGCAACUGAAAGCGCACGCAGCACACACACACACAAACAACUACACAUACCACAACAUAUUAUGUCAGGCAGCAUCAACAAUUACUCAACUCUAAUGCAUGCAACGAAUCGGGGCUACGGCGAGGAGACGCAGUCACAAGCCGAGGCACUCAGAACAAUGCAAAAGCUGCCGCACAUCGUCAGUGAUCCCGGCAUGCAGCUGACGCACAGCAUUGACGAUCGCGAAAAGGCAAUUGUGGACAAUAUAAAUGCGGAUCAGAAUGCCGUCACACAUCUCAAGUACAUCAACUCGGAGCGGGACAAGAUGCCGUUGGAUAAGCUGAACAAAGCGCUGGACAAAUACCUGGAUAGCCAGGAGGAAGAUGUGUCGCUGCGCAAGUAUCUGGUCUUUGGCGUCCAAUGGGUGUCGCUGGUCACGGAGAAUCUGCUGAGCCAUCCGUUCAUUGUGCUGCGCCGGCAGUGUCAGGUUUACAAUGCCUCACAUCGCUAUCACUUGCAUCCAUUUCAAUUGCUGCCCAGCAUUGUUCAUCUGCAUCGACGCCAGGGCGUGACAACGCUGUGGAAAGGUCUGGGCAGUUGUCUCCUGGUGCGCGGCAUGACGCUGGCCAUUGACGAUGUCAUCUGCAAGGUGACCAGUUGGCCCAAGGAAGUCGACAGUCGCACCACACUCAAGCGCUUCGGUCAGCACAUACUGCUCAAAUGCAUUAGCAUUGGCUUGGUUGUGCCUUUUUAUGCCGCCUCGCUGGUGGAGACGGUCCAGAGUGACAUUGCCAGCGAGAAGCCCGGCUUGCUGGACGUGUUUCGCGAGGGCAGCCUGCGACUGUUCUACUGGAGUUCACCGCAAAAGGGACGCAUGCUGCCCGCUUGGGCGUUAAUCGGUCCCAGCGUCUCGAUGGGCAUCACGAAGUAUCUGUUCAGUUUGGUUAUACGCGGCGUCUCGUCGCGCAUCAUGCGACGUCGUCUCACACAGAAGCAGGAGCAACGCGGCGCCAAAUACAGAGACGAUACGCUGGAGCAUCAGAAUGCCGAGAUCUAUGCCAGCCUCAUUGCCAUGCUGACCACCGAGGUGUUGUUCUUUCCCUUCGAGACCAUAUUGCAUCGCCUGCAGUUGCAGGGAACACGCACGAUCAUCGAUAAUCUGGACAAUGGUUAUGCUGUCGUCCCCAUACUAACGAAUUAUCAGGGCGCCAUCGACUGUUAUCGCACCACAUUGGUCACGGAGGGAUUUAGUGGACUGUAUAAGGGAUUCGGUGCGAUGAUUUUGCAGUUUGCCGCCCAUGUUGCUGUCAUUAAGCUAACCAAAUGGAUUGUUGGCCAAAUCACGGAAUGUGUCUCGAAUCGACCGCCAGCGCGUAUUGUGCAAUAUUAUAAUCUGGAUCGUGGUGCUGGCCAUUCAGAUUCAACGACCAUCUCGCCAAGCAUUUCCAGCACCGAACUCGACGUUCACAGCGUGGGACAGAAUUCGCUUGACUAGUUUUUCCUUCUCCUUCCCCCGAUCUUUUCCAAAAUUCAAUGUACCACCUUUUUUUUUUUUUUGAGGGGGUUUCUACUCUAUAUAUAUUCUGUUUUCAUUUUGCUGUGAUAACUUCCGUGCUCGUCCAAAGCAAGCGAGACGAUUUGUUUGAUUUGCAUUCAAUUAUCAUUGAUAUUGAAGUGCAUUAUAUAUCGUAAUAUAUCUUUUUUUUUCUCCCCAACCCCCUGCACUAUAAAAGAAGACUAGCCAAGAAUGUUAUUUAUUGAGUACCGAAUAAGAGCCAAAUUUCAAUUCGAAAAAAGAAAACACAAAACAUAAUAAAUUACAAAAGUCUUAACAAAAAAUAAUAGAAAAUUUUCGAAAAACCCAACAAAAGUUAAAUUAAAAAAAUGUUUUGCUUUAAAAUUGAAACGAAAAUUCUUGGAUUUUUAUGGAAUGGGAUUUAUAGAUAUAGAAGACUUCCAUCUAUAGACAAUUUGGGCUAUGAAAGUGAGAUUCACCUCCAAAUUAUUAAGCU